AUGCCUCCCAAGGUCAUCCAAGCUCCCCCAUCAAGUGGCUAUUCUACAGUUCAACCAGCAAAGAGGAAACCUCCAACGCCUUUUGCAGUCAAGCCAAUUGGUGCCUUCUAUGUAUUCCUAGCUGCGAACAUCCUAGCUGCUCUAUAUGCCCCAAUACAGGACUGCGAUGAGACGUUUAAUUACUGGGAGCCCGCACAUUUUUUGAGCCAUGGCUACGGGCUGCAGACGUGGGAGUACUCUCCAGUAUACGCAAUUCGAAGUUGGCUCUAUGUUGCUUUGCAUGCGUUGAUUGGCAGCUUCAGACGUCUGCUGCCAUUCUCAACGAAGGUUGCGGAGUUCUAUUUCAUCCGAUAUGCUCUAGCUUUUGUCUGCGCCCUCUGCCAAACACAAAUGUUCCGCGUCAUUAACAACAUCUUGAAUCCUCGGAUUGCCAUAUUCUUUAUUAUGGCUAAUGUAUUCAGCCCUGGCAUGUUCCAUGCAUCUGCUUCCUUCCUCCCAUCGAGCUUCGCAAUGUACACAACAAUGUUGGGAAUUGCAGCUUUUAUGAACUGGAGAGGUGGUUUGAAGACAGCACAAGGCAUCUUCUUUUUUGCCGUUGGGGGAAUAUUGGGAUGGCCAUUUUCAAUGGCUUUAUCAGCUCCGUUUUUGUUCGAAGAAAUUGUCUUGGCCUUCUUGAGUAGCAAAGACGCCCUGAUUGACGUGAUCAUGCGCUUCGUAAGAGGCAUCGUAGCUGGCCUACUCGUAUUGCUCUUCGAAUUUGUUAUCUCUGGCUUCUUCUAUAAAAAGAUGGUGGUUGUCCCGCUGAACAUUGUCCUUUACAAUAUCUUUAGCGGGCCUGGAAAGGGGCCAGAAAUUUAUGGCACAGAGCCUUGGCAUUUCUACAUAAGAAAUCUUCUUCUCAACUUCAACAUUUGGUUUGUGCUAGCUGUCGCUGCCCUUCCUCUGUUCAUAUUAAAGAAGAUCUUCUCAUCAGAAAAAGCCGUCGCAGUUACUGGACUUCGCAGCAUCGUUUUCAUGAGUCCAUUCUACCUCUGGUUGGGUAUCUUUACUUUCCAACCACACAAGGAGGAGCGCUUUAUGUACCCCGCCUACCCAGCACUCACCCUAAAUGCCGCGAUGUCUUUGCACAUCGUUCUUGCUGCUUUCGGUCAGUCGGACCCGAAGACAUUAAUUGGAAAGAUACCAGCGAAACUCAAGCUUCUGGUCGUGAGUUUACUUGUCAUUGGGUCAGUGGAUGUUGGUGUCGCAAGAAUAUAUGGCAUAUACACGGCAUACUCUGCACCACUCAAGAUAUAUGAACCUCUUCAAAACGGAACAUUGGGAACGCGCGGAGACUCGGUUUGUUUCGGCAAAGAGUGGUACCGAUUCCCCAGCACGUACCAUCUCCCAAAUAAUAUGCGUGCCAAGUUUAUCAAGAGCGAGUUCGAUGGCCUUCUACCAGGUCAGUUCGCAGAAGUAAAAACUGGUCAUGGCCUCUGGGCCGGCGCUUGGCUCGAGCCAGCGGGCAUGAACGACGAGAAUAUGGAAGAUAUGGGCAAAUAUGUCGAUUUGCAUACUUGUAGUUUCUUGGUUGAUACCUAUUACCCUGGGUCUAGUGCGUCUGAGUAUGAACCCCAUUACAUCCUUGAUGAAGAGAAUUGGGAGCAUGUUUCAUGUCAGCCCUUCCUCGAUGCGUCGCGAACUCACGUCCUUGGCCGAACAAUCUGGCUGCCAAAUCUCCCAUUCGUGCCAGAGAAGUUCAAAAGGCACUGGGGACAGCACUGUUUGUUGAGGCGUAAGCAAAAGUAA